GAUUUAUAAGUUGUUUCUUCUCCUAUUCCCCUUUCUUUCGAUAUUCAGGCAGCUGUAGUACAUCAGAAAGACAGCUAGCCGUUUUUCAUCUCUCGUUCCGUCCACAUCACACUUAUCCGCACACUCACUAUAACGCCACCCUACCCUCCUCCCAUUAGCCGCAAUUACCAUCACACGCAGUAAACGCUCUUAUCCUUCCCCGACUCCAGAAGCUCCAGCUACAACUUCCAGAAACGCAAAGAGAUCAAAGCGUCUCGCAGACAAGAAAGGGCCUACUCCGGAACCAGAGACAGUAACUGUCGCUUCACCAUCCGCUCCAGAGGGGAAGAACGAGGCACCUAAGAUGUCGUCUGAUGGAGAGAAUGAAGAUCUCGCCUACGAAGAUGAUUAUGAUGUUUUCGACGCCGACGAUGUUAUGGACGAUUCUGCAUCUGAGCCGGAUGACUUUGAUGUGUUGUCUCCCACUAUAGAAACUGUACCUUCCAAGAAGCCCUAUGAUGUCAACUACACUGUCUACGACUUGAAAGAGAUCAUCGGCAUGCAGAAAAAGAUGAUCGACGAAGUUGCCGCUCUUCUCGUCAUUCCAGCCUCUACAGCUGCCGCUCUUCUACGACAUUUCAAUUGGAAUACUGAAAAGCUCCAAGAAGUAUUCUGGACAGAACCGGAUGCCACGCUCCUUGCUGCCGGUCUCUCCCCACCUUCGUCCCCCUCCACCUCAACUCAACCCCUUCCCGGAUCCCAGUCUGGAUCAUUCGAAUGCCCCAUCUGCUUUACCGAUUACGAAGGUAAAUCCGCCCAGCAAGACACUUUUGCUAUGGGUUGCGGACAUCGAUUCUGUAAGACAUGUUGGGGUGAGUACUUGACUGGGAAAAUUAAGGAGGAAGGUGAGAGUGGGAGGAUACAGUGUAUGGAGAGCGGGUGUAAGCGGGUUGUCAAGGGUGAAAUGGUCAAAGAGCUUGCUGGGGACAAAAUAUCGGAUCGUUAUUAUAACCUAUUGAAUGCGGCAUUCGUCUCGGAUUCUCCAAACCUUAGAUGGUGUCCACACCCGGAUUGUCCAUAUAUUAUUGGCUGCACUCAAGCGCCCCAACGGAUGUUGAAUCAAUUGGUACCGACCGUGGAGUGUGAGUGCGGAAAAGAUUUGUGCUUCGGGUGUGGAUACGCCGCGAGCCACCGCCCUGUUAUUUGCAAAAUUGUCAGACUCUGGGAAAAGAAAUGUGCAGAUGACAGUGAAACCGCCAACUGGCUACAAGCAAACACUAAAGAGUGCACUAAAUGUCAAUCCACUAUUGAAAAGAAUGGUGGCUGCAACCACAUGACUUGUAAAAAGUGCAAAUGGGAGUUCUGCUGGGUUUGCAUGGGUCCUUGGUCGGAGCACGGCACAAAUUGGUACCAAUGUAACAGGUUUGACGAGAAGAGUGGUAUAGACGCCCGAGACGUGCAGGCCAAGUCUCGUGCAAGCUUGGAACGGUAUCUUCACUACUUCAACCGAUGGGCAAACCAUGAGCACUCUGCCAAACUCGACACCGAAUUUUAUGCCAAAACGGAAAAGAAAAUGGAACAAAUGCAGGAUGCAGGCAACCUCUCCUGGAUCGAAGUGCAAUUUGCGAAACAAGCAGUAGACGCCGUCAUCCGGGCGCGAAUCACCCUCAAGUGGACUUACUGCAUGGCUUUCUAUUUAAAAAGAAAUAAUCAAACGGAAUUGUUUGAGGAUAAUCAACGAGACCUUGAGCGGGCGGUGGAGAAUCUGAGUUAUCUAUUAGAACAGAACAUUGGGGAACCGGAAUCGAUCGCCAAGCUCAGGCAUGACGUGACAAAUCAGGCGGCAUACGUCCAAAAACGGCAUGAGAUUAUGAUGGAUGAUACGUUAAGGGGACAUCUCGAGCAUCGUUGGGAGUUUACUGUAGACGUUUAAGACGCGUUCCAUGGGGGCGUGUGAAUGAUUCAAGAACAUGUAGAUUUGUAGCAAGUUGAAUCUUUCUGAGGAUUAGUAUUAGGAAAUGUACUCCAACUUUCCUCCCCUCUGUCUUCCACCCGGUCCGGACUCUUCGUACAAACGUAUUAUCUCCUUGUUGAUCAUAGUGACCUUAUACCUUAAUCUCUCAUGCAUGAUGGUUUUG